GACGAUAUCAACUCUGCUAUAAUUGCCCCCACAGGGAACGCCUUUGGGUGCCACCGCCACUGCUUCCCUCAACCCACUCUGCGCCUCUGCGUUUCAUUCAAUCCUCAGAUCCGGUAGGUUCGAUCGAUGGGUCUGACGACGGAGAACGGCUCCACGGCAGCCGGGAAAGAGGCCUCCGGCCUCAAGUUCCUCAUCUACGGCCGCACCGGGUGGAUCGGCGGCCUGCUGGGCGGCCUCUGCACCGAGCGCGGCAUUCCCUUUGUCUACGGCGACGGCCGCCUCGAGAACCGCGCGCAGCUCGAGGCCGACAUCACCGCCGCCUCCCCCACCCACGUUUUCAACGCCGCCGGUGUCACCGGCCGUCCCAAUGUCGAUUGGUGCGAGACCCACCGCGUGGAGACCAUCCGCGCCAACGUCGUCGGCACCCUCACCCUCGCGGACGUCUGCCGCGAGCGCGGUCUCAUCCUUGUCAACUAUGCCACUGGGUGCAUCUUCGAGUACGAUGGCGCCCACCCCCUUGACUCUGGGGUCGGGUUCAAAGAGGAGGACACGCCCAACUUUGUUGGGUCUUUCUACUCCAAGACCAAGGCCAUGGUUGAAGAGCUGCUGAAGAACUAUGAGAACGUGUGCACCCUCCGUGUUAGAAUGCCGAUCUCAACAGAUCUGUUAAACCCUCGCAACUUCAUCACCAAAAUCACCCGCUACGAGAAGGUUGUUAACAUACCCAACUCCAUGACCAUUCUGGAUGAACUUUUGCCUAUAUCAAUUGAAAUGGCAAAGAGGAACCUCACUGGCAUAUGGAACUUCACCAACCCUGGUGUCGUCAGUCAUAACGAGAUCUUGGAGAUGUACAGAGACUAUAUCGAUCCAAAAUUUACGUGGAAGAACUUCAACCUGGAGGAGCAGGCAAAGGUGAUCGUUGCCCCCAGGAGCAACAAUGAACUGGAUACCACCAAAUUGAAGGGUGAGUUCCCAGAGCUUCUGCCCAUUAAGGAGUCGCUGAUCAAGUACGUCUUUGAGCCAAAUAAGAAGACAUCCAUGGCCUGAGCGGUUGGUCUCUGUGGUUUUCUUUCUUUUUUGCUUCAAUAAGGUAGUUGUUUCGGUUUGUUGGGUCAAUGUAUUCAUCAAAUGAUGAACGUGCAAUUCAUAUUUAAUUACGGGUUGUUGCCUUGUGUUCUA